AAGUUCUCAGUCGGCGCUGGAGGCGGAGGAGGGCGGAGGUGCUGCCGCUCGCCGGCGAGGAUGUGGCUGAAGCCGGAGGAGCUGCUGCUCAAGAGCGGCCUCAAGUUAUGGACCCCGGAGCGCUCCAACCGGUUCUUCGUGCUGCAGCGGCGGCGCGGAUACGGCGAGGAGGGCGGCGGGCUGGCCGGCCUCCUUGUGGGAACGCUGGAUGCGGUCCUGGAUUCCACCUCAAAAGUGGCCCCUUUCCGCAUUGUACACCAGACCCCAGACUCCCAAGUCUACUGGACCAUCGCGUGCGGGGCCACCCGAGAAGAAAUAACAGCUCACUGGGAGUGGCUAGAGCACAAUGUCAUGAAGACACUGUCCGUGUUUGAUUCCAACGAGGACAUCACCAGCUUUGUGCAUGGAAAAAUCAGAGGUUUGAUUGCCGAGGAAAGUAAAGGAUCUUUGAUCAAAGAGGAGGAUCCAGAGAGAUUCCGCGAGGCUCAUAUGAAGUUCGAGAAGAGUUUUGGGCUGGCUGAGCAGGAGAAGCUGGUGACCUACUACUCCUGCAGCUAUUGGAGAGGCCACGUGCCCUGCCAGGGCUGGCUCUACCUCAGCACCAAUUUCCUCAGCUUUUACUCCUACCUCCUGGGAGCCGAGAUAAAACUGGUAAUAUCCUGGGAUGACAUCUCAAGACUUGAAAAAACGUCGAAUGUGAUCCUUACCGAGAGCAUCCAUGUCUGUUCCCGUGGGGAAGAUCACUACUUUUCAAUGUUUCUGCACAUCGGCGAAACGUUCCUUCUCAUGGAGCAGCUGGCGCUGUAUGCUGUUCGCAGACUUUUCGACAAGGAGACCUUUGAAGGCGACCCGGUCCUACGCGAUCCCCUGCAAAUCACCAAGAGGGGCCUUGAGAGCCGAGCUCACAGCGAGCAAUUCAACGCCUUCUUCCGGUUGCCCAAGGAGGAGUCUUUGCGGGAGGUGCACGAGUGUUUCUUAUGGGUGCCUUUCAGCCACUACAAUACUCUGGGGAAAAUGUGCAUUUCGGAAAAUUACAUCUGUUUUGCCAGCCAGGACGGGUCCUUGUGCUGCGUCAUCCUCCCCCUGAGAGAGGUUGUAGCAGUGGAGGUUGCUGACCCUGCCAGCAAAGCGAUCAGCAUCGCAACCAGAGGGAAAAGGGCCUUCCGCUUCUCUGAAGUGAGGGAUUUUGAGCACCUGGUGCCAAAGCUGAAGGGCCGGUGUGAUGCAGCCGCGAGCCCCCAGCAUGCCGCGAGUGCCGAGGUCUCCAUCAGCCCAAACCCGGACCCUGUCUUGGAGGAUUACGAGGGCCAGCCGAUGGCAAGCCUCAAGGGCAACAGUAAGAUGGUCAGCACAGAAGCCCUGAUGACUGUCUUUCACCCUCAGGAUGCCGAGAACCUGGAUGCGAAAAUGUUGAAAGAAAAAAUGAAAGAACAGUCCUGGAACAUCCUUUUCAUCGAAUGCGGUCGUGGAGUGAGCAUGUUUCGGACGAGGAAGACUCGGGACCUGAUCGUCCGAGGGAUCCCGGAGGUGCUGAGAGGAGAGCUGUGGCUUCUCUUUUCAGGCGCUGUGAACGAUAUGGCGACCAACCCCGGCUACUACACGGAGCUGGUGGAGCGUUCCCUGGGGACGUGCACCUUGGCCACGGAUGAGAUCGAGAGGGACCUGCGCCGCUCCUUGCCCGAACACCCGGCUUUCCAGAGCGACACGGGCAUUUCUGCGCUCAGAAGAGUCCUCACGGCAUAUGCCCACAGGAACCCCAAGAUCGGGUAUUGCCAGGCGAUGAAUAUCUUGACCUCAGUUCUCCUGCUUUAUGCCAAAGAGGAAGAAGCUUUCUGGCUCUUAGUUGCUGUGUGUGAACGGAUGCUACCUGAUUAUUUCAAUCGCCGGAUCAUAGGGGCCUUGGUGGACCAGGCCGUGUUUGAGGACUUGAUCCGGGAGCGCCUUCCGCAGCUGACGGAGCACAUGACGGACAUGACCUUCUUCUCCUCCGUCUCCCUCUCCUGGUUCCUGACGCUCUUCAUCAGCGUGCUGCCCAUCGAGAGUGCAGUCAAUGUCGUCGACUGCUUCUUCUACGACGGGAUCAAGGCCAUUCUGCAGCUGGGCCUGGCCGUGCUGGACUACAACAUGGAAGGCCUCCUGGCCUGUAAGGAUGACGCCGAAGCCGUGACCGUUCUCAACAGGUUUUUUGACAGCGUCACCAACAAGGACAGUCCUCUUCCUCCGGCGGUGCAGCAGGCUUCUGGCGUGAACGAAUCCAAAAGUCAGCAUCCUAAAGUGGAUAUCACAGAUCUGAUUCGAGAGUCCAAUGAGAAAUAUGGUGAAAUCCGAUUUGAGGAAGUUGAAUGCAUGCGCCGCCGGAACCGGCUGUAUGUCAUCCAGACCCUGGAAGUCACUACGCAGCAAAAUGUGCUGCGUGUUGUUUCGCAGGAUGUGAAAAUCAGCCCCAGCAACCUUGAGGAGCUUUAUGAAAUAUUCAAGAAAGAGCAUUUCCUCUCUUGCUACUGGACCGUGAGCAGUCCAGCCCUGAAGCACCAUGACCCCAGCCUGCCCUACCUGGACCAGUACCGCAUCGACUGCCAGCAGUUUCGGGUCCUCUUCCACCUCCUGAGCCCUUGGGCAGGUUGUGCCAACAGGGACUCCCUCGCUCUGUGGACCUUCCGGCUGCUGGACGAAAAUUCAGAUGGCCUUAUUAACUUCAAAGAGUUUGCGAGCUCGCUUGAUAUCAUGUAUCAUGGAAGUUUUACACAUAAGCUGAAGCUGCUUUUCAAACUGCACAUACCUCCAGCUUUCACCGAAGUGGAGUCCCUGAGCCCUUCUAAGGGUGCUCAGCUGUCGAAGGAAGAGCUGAUCCAUUUGAGCCAGUUGAACCUUUCUUCUCCUGGGGACAGUGUGGAUGCAGAUGGCUUGAAGACGAGUCCAGACAAAGGGAAAGAGAAAGUUGAUAUCCAGGCCUAUUUGAAGCAGUGGCAAGAUGAACUGCUUAAGAAGGAAGAAAGCAUUAAAGACCUGCCCCGAAUGGGCCAGUCCCAGUUUAUCCAGUUCUCAAAGACUUUGUAUAACUUGUUCCACGGCGACCCAGAGGAGGAGCUGCUCUACCGCGCCAUUGCCACCGUGACCAGCCUUUUGCUGCGGAUGGAGGAGGUCGGCCGCAAACUCCAGGCUCCCACUUCGCCGGGCAAAAGCGCAACUCCUCCCGUGGAAGAUGGCCACAGACCCCAGGAGGCGCACCAUCCCACGCAGACUGAUAGCGCAUCAGCGCCCCAGAGCUCAAGCAACGGCAGCGGCGAGUGGUCCUUUGCUUUCGAGCAAAUUCUGGCCUCCCUGAUGAACGAGCCGGCUUUGGUGAAGUUUUUCGAGAAGCCCGUCGACGUCAAAGCCAAGCUGGAGGACGCGAAAGCAUCCCAGUUAAAAGCCAGAGCCUGGGUAUAGCACCGGUGGUCUUUCUCUCGCCGUUCUCUGCUCAGGGCCAAGCAGAGGCGAAGUGUACAUUGACUUCCUCCUGGGAGGUUGGUCUUGAGGAUUUAGCUCAAAGCCCCCCGUCCGACGGGUCAUUUUAUGUUUUUGGCAGAGUCGAGUAAAGUCUGGCUUUGUUGCACAGUUGCACUUGCGCUUUGCGUUUCAGUACACUUGGAGACUUCAGGCACGCAAUUGGCGCAUGGCGACUUGGACCGGAAUAGUAAGAGGAUAUAGUUGCAGAAUAUUCCAGGUGGUUGCGUUGCCAAGCUGCGGUUCUGUGUUUCUCACAUUGAAUGUACUGCCUGCCACAUUCCCUGCCUCAAACGUGGUGUCGAGGUCCACGCACCCAAGUAUAAGCCUGGGUCGAUUCCCCAAAGAAUCACUUCUUUCACUUUGAAUGUCGGUCUGAGUCAUGCUUUGGGUAGCCAGUUGAGUGAGGUUAUUAUUAUGAAUAAGAUAUGUGGCUAUUACCCUUAAAAGUUACAGAUUCCAGUUUGGAACUGUAGCUACUUUCCUAUUGGCAUGAUGUCUAACCAGAGCUUGAGGAAGUUACUUUUCUGUACUACGACCCCUGGAGACCCCCGACCUCUGGGAGUAAGUUUCCUAGGCUCUGACCCCGUAACAGCCUCGUCUUGACCAACAAAGUCCUAGGUUGCUGCUUAGGGUUUGGGUUGUGUUUUCUGAGAAAUCAUUUUUGCGUGGCUGCAUUUAUUUAUUUUAUCCUUCUGCCUUAAUUUGGUGCAGUUCAUGGAAGCUCAGUGACACGGAAGCUUUCCUUCCUAAAUCUAUGCAGGUGAAGCGUGGGCAUAGUAUAGUGGUGUGGUUCCUCUCCAUGUAGAAGUCAUCUAGGAAUGGACCGCAGCAUUCAACAUUACUUUUAGUUCCUGCAUAUAGACCUCACUGGACCAGACUGGGCAGAGCUGCUCUUGGUGUUUUGUUUUGUUGUCACAACAUUUUGCUUACAUCUAGUUUCCAUUGGUGCUCAUACUUAUACACACUUCAUUUUCAUAGCAACUGCACAACCAAAACUUAUGCCACCUUGAUAGCUGCAACUAUAUUUUGGUUGCUUAAGUCAACUAUGAGCUAGGCUAUUUUAAUGGUCGGGUGCUCAAUCCAACCUGGGCUGGUUCGAACUCAUGACCUCUUAGUCAGCAGUGAUUUAUUGCAGCUGGCUACUAACCAGCUGUGCCACAGCUGGUUAGCAUCCAGCUUUAUAUCCCAUCUUUCUUCCAACAAACUCAAGGUGGCAUGCAUACCUUGUAACAACAACCCUAGAAAGUAGGCCAGGCAGAGAAGAUGGGACGGGGAUUUCACAAAUGCCAUGCUAACACACAAUGAAUAGACCUAAUUUACUUUGUUCGUGAGGACUGGGAUCUUCUUCUAUUUGCACAGAAAGAGUCAUGGAUCAGCGAGGAGCAGGAGCAUUAUGCAAGGAGCAUUACGCUUCUAUACUAGUGGUUCCCAAACCUUUUUUUGACCAGGGACCACUUGAUCAGGGACUACUUUGACCGGGGACAACUCUCCAACAUUAGUAGCAAAAGGGUUACAAAGCAGUUUUUGGUCAACUUUACGUUUACAUAUAUAUAUAUAUAUAUAUACACACACACACACACACACACACACACACACAUACACACACACACACACUAGCUGUGCCCGGCCACGCAUUGCUGUGGCUUAUGGGAAUCAUUUGUUGGCCAGAUGGAAUAGCAGUGAAUAGCCUUGCAGCCUCAAAGCCUGCCUGUUUUCUUCUUACGGGAAUUCAUGUUUGGUGAGCUGGAAUACAAUGGAAUAGGCUUUCUGCUUGGAAGGCUGGGUACUUGCGUUCUAGGGGAAUGGUUUUCUGGGCUACUAGAAUUGCAAUGAAUAGCCUCGCUGCUUCAAAGACUGGCUGCUUGCUAGCUAGGGGAAUCUUUGGUUGGUCAGCCUCAAUAGUACAGAGUGGUAUCACUGCUUCAAAGCCUGUGUUGGUCUGGUUGAAUUGCAAUGAAUAGCCUUGCUGCUUCAAAGUCUGGCUGCUUGCUACCUAAGGGAAUCUUUGGUUGAUCAGCUUCAAUAGUACAGAGUGGUAUCGCUGCUUCAAAGCCUGGCUGCCUUUUACCAAGGUUAAUCCUUUGUUGGUCUGGUUGAAUUGCACUGAAUAGCCUUGCAGCUUCAGUGCCUGGCUGUGUUAUACCUGGGGGAAUCCUUGUUUGACGAGCUGGAGUAACACCUUCAAUCAAAGAGCCACUUUGAAGCCUGGCUACUUCCUUUGUAGGGGAGCGUGAAUUGCACUGAAUAAUCUUGUGGCUCAAAAGCCUGGCUGCUUUCUACUUUGUGGAAUCCUUGGUUGCCCAGGUUGAAUAGCAAUUAAUAGUCUUGGUGCGGCAAGUAUGAAUACUGCAAUUAGUCCCCUUUAUUAGCAUUUAAUGGCCUUGCAGCUUCAAAGCCUGGAUACUUCUUGCCUGGGGGAAUCCUUUGUUGGGAGGUGUUAGCUGGCCCUGAUUGUUUCCUGUCUGGAAUUUCCCUGUUUUCAGAGUGUUGUUCUUUAUUUACCGUCCAGAAUUUAGAGAUUAUAUUGUUCUGUAUUAUUAUACCACAGUAAAUAUUAUAUAUUAUAUUUCUAAUCUUAUAUCAUCUGCUUAGAAUUGGAUUAUAUGUAUAAAAUCCACACUGAACUGGGUUCGAUGGCAGUGUGGACUCAAGAUAAUCCAGUUCAAAGCAGAUACUGUGGAUUAUGUGCCUUGGCAUUCUGGGUUAUAUAGCUUUGUGAGAGGGACCCGAGUCUACACUGCCAUAUAAUUCAGUUCAAAUCUGAUAAUCUGUAUUUUAUAGGCAGUGUGGAUGAGGCCUAAGUGCUAGGAUAUGAAGUGGGCCUACCGUUCUGAGCCAUUUCUAAAAAGAGAAAACGGCUCUUUCUUGUCCUCUAAUUUGGGCUUUAUUUUUCUAGAGGUUUUUUUUGUUUGUUUGAAAGACAGACUGGAGGACUAUGUCUUUUUUAAAAUUAAUUUUUAUUAGGGGUUUUAAGAGUGAUACAUAAAAAAAGAGUGAUACAUGAGAUAAAACAUAAAGGGAAAAAAAGUUGGGGUAAAAGUGCAAGGAUAUUGUUUGAAGGAUAACUAUGUCUUUUGUGGCCAAAUUUGGUGUGAUUUGGUCCAGUGGUUUUGCUGUUUACCCCAUAAUAAAACAGCACAUUACAUUUUUAUAUAUAGAUAGAUGUAUACACACACACACAUGAAUGAGUGCUUUCAGUGAAAUUGUGCUUAUAUUAGUACUCCAAUGUCUCUGUCCCCUUCUACACUGCUAUAUAAAAUCCAGAAUAUCUGCUUUGAACUAUAUGGCAGUGUAGACUCACAUAAUCCAGUUCAUCUGGAUUGUAUAUGGAAGUAUAGAUGGGGCCUUUGCUGGUAAAGCUUGCCGAUUCUAGAUCAAAUGAAAAUGUUUUAUCUGGAUUGCAAAACAACUUCCCUGAUUCCACAGUAUGAAGCCAUGACAGCUAAAGUGGUGUCAAACUGUAUUGAUUCUACAGGAACAGCAGGGGUGAAAAUAUUAUUCGGUCCUCGUGUGAUAACCCACUGUUAGAACCAGAGAAAAUGUUCACUACAUAGUGCUAAAUCUGGAACACAUUGAACUUUUGACUAGUAAUGUUACAUAUUGAGACAACUUAGGCUUUGUUUGGUUUACAGGUUGCUUUUGAUGUCCGCUUUUUAAGUCAAAGUUUAAAAUAAAUAAAUACUUUUUUUCAAAACAAAAAUAAAAAAGUUGCAGGAAACUUUUCAAUAUAUAAAUAAAACAGAAGGAUACAAAAACC